CCCCCCUACAUUUAUGUGCGUAGAAAGCCGCUGGAACAGCGGUAUGUCUUCUGCCAUUCUGUCAUUGGAUCUGAAGCAGAAAGAGAUGGCCCAGGUGCCUCCAUUUUGCUUGUGAAGUUGCCUCAAUUACCCUAUCUCCCAUUAGCUUAAUUAGUUCAGAUUCCUGUUUCUUAGUUUCAUUUAUAUAUGCUUUGCUUGCUAUUUAACUCAUGUUGUUCUUGUUUGAUCAAAGCCCUGAGGUGGGUUUUAUGUUGUCUUUUUUUAUUUUUAUUACCACUUUUGUCCGCUUUACUCACCAUUACUUGAGUUUUUGUCUGGAUUUUGUUUCUCUUUCCUUGAGUUUGGUUAUAUGCUGUUUGUUUGGUUGCCUUUGCACAGGGGAAAACUUCACAUUCAACCCAUGGUAAGAUCUGGAAAAGUUGAAGAAAAAGCUUGGAAGAUUUGUGUGCCAAGUCCCUAUUGAAUAAUGCCCAUAUGGUUUGGAGCUUUACAACUGCAGAUACCUUUCCCCACCUUGCUGCCUUGUGGAACUCUGGAGGACAGAGGAGCAACAAAACCCUAACCCUCGGUCCUUUUGUUCUCUCCUUGCUCUUCGCUUGCUGCAUGGGGCCUGCAGGGUGGAUUUCUAGCAGAAAGAUUUGAUUUUUAUGCCGGUGAUCGAGGAAAGUUGUGAUUUUGGUGUCUGGGUUGUGGAUGAUUCAGGAGCAUCGUGAGGAUUUCAAGAGUUUUGCUUGCUGAAAGAGGGGAAGGAUGGCUCCUCCAAGCUUUGGUCUUGCUCAAUGGUGGGCGAAGGAGGCGCGGAAUGGCACUCCGGUGGUCGUGACCAUGGAAAACCCCAACUACUCGGUAGUCGAGAUUGAUGGCCCUGAGGCCGCCGCCUUCCAGUCCAUGGACAAGGGCCGGGGGAAGAAUGCAAAGCAGUUCACAUGGGUGCUGCUCCUCAAGGCCCACCGAGCUGUAGGAUGUGUUGCUUGGUUGGCGGCCGGGCUCUGGGCGCUGCUUGGGGCCAUCAAGAAGCGAUUGAUCUCUCAGCAGGGAGUUGCGGUGGAAAGCGAUAAGCUCGGGAAAGGCAAGCUACUGUUCAGGUUCCUCAGGGGCGUUUUGGCGCUGUCACUGCUGAUGCUUGCAUUCGAGAUGAUUGCCUAUUGGAAUGGCUGGCACUUUCAGAAGCCCAGUUUGCACCUACCAGAGAACUUGCACAUACCGGAGACCACCGAGAUCCGGGGGUGGAUGCAUUCUGCCUAUCUCUCAUGGCUUUCUUUCAGAGCUGACUACAUCGCCUACCCAAUUCAGGCCCUGUCAAACUUCUGUGUGAUUCUCUUCAUUAUACAGUCGGCUGAUAGGAUGAUCUUGUGCUUCGGGUGCUUUUGGAUCAAAUUCAAGAAGAUCAAACCAAGGAUUGCAGGUGAUCCCCUCAAAUCUGAUGAUGUGGAGUGUUCAAAUUUUGAGUUCCCCAUGGUUCUGGUCCAGAUUCCAAUGUGCAAUGAGAGGGAGGUAUAUGAGCAAUCCAUUUCAGCUGUCUGCCAGAUUGAUUGGCCCAGAGACCGUUUAUUAAUUCAAGUUCUGGAUGACUCGGAUGAUCAGACUAUCAAGAUCUUAAUCAAAGCAGAGGUGUCCAAAUGGAGCCAACGCGGUGUCAACAUUGUCUAUCGGCAUCGCUUGGUCCGGACUGGUUACAAGGCGGGGAAUCUCAAGUCUGCCAUGAGCUGUGACCAUGUCAAGGAUUAUGAAUUUGUUGCUAUAUUUGAUGCUGACUUCCAGCCUAAUCCUGAUUUUCUUAAACAAACAAUUCCACAUUUUAAGGGAAAUCCAGAACUCGGGUUAGUUCAGGCACGGUGGAGUUUUGUAAAUAAGGAUGAGAACCUGUUAACCCGUCUCCAAAACAUCAACCUCUGCUUUCAUUUUGAGGUGGAACAGCAGGUAAAUGGUGUUUUCUUAAACUUCUUCGGUUUUAAUGGUACUGCUGGUGUUUGGAGAAUCAAAGCAUUAGAGGACUCUGGGGGUUGGCUUGAGAGAACAACUGUGGAGGAUAUGGAUAUUGCAGUUCGUGCCCAUCUCAAUGGUUGGAAAUUCAUCUUCCUCAAUGAUGUCAAGGUGCCCUGUGAACUUCCCGAGUCUUAUGAGGCUUACCGGAAGCAACAACAUCGAUGGCAUUCUGGCCCAAUGCACCUAUUUCGAUUGUGUCUUCCAGCAAUUAUAACUUCCAAGAUAUCCAUAUGGAAGAAGGCAAACUUAAUACUGCUCUUUUUCCUCCUGAGGAAGCUAAUCCUUCCAUUCUAUUCAUUCACAUUGUUUUGUGUAAUUCUACCCUUAACCAUGUUUGUGCCUGAAGCUGAGCUACCUGUCUGGGUGAUCUGUUAUGUGCCUGUCAUAAUGUCCGUCCUCAACGUUCUGCCGGCCCCAAGAUCCUUCCCCUUCAUUGUUCCUUACCUUCUUUUCGAGAACACCAUGUCGGUUACCAAGUUUAAUGCUAUGGUCUCUGGAUUAUUCAAACUGGGGAGUUCGUAUGAGUGGGUCGUUACUAAAAAAGCAGGUAGGUCAUCAGAGUCUGAUCUAUUAGCAGCAGCAGAGAUGGAAUCAAAGCCUGCGAACCAUCCACAGCUUCUUAGAGGGGUUUCAGACAGCGAACUCAUGGAGCUGAACAAGUUGAAGGAACAACAAAAAGAAUUUCUCCAUCCUGUAAAAAGGGCCAAUAAAAUAUACAAGAAGGAAUUGGCUCUUGCUCUUUUACUCCUUACAGGUGCAGUCAGAAGUCUUCUAUCCGCCCAAGGAAUUCACUUCUACUUUCUCCUCUUCCAAGGUGUGUCGUUUCUUCUUGUGGGUCUUGAUCUGAUUGGGGAGCAGAUUAGCUGAUGAGUGAAGGAAAAAGAGAAGCAAAUCCCAGUUAUUCUUGGUCAUCCGAGCUUCCUUUCUAUGGAAAACACACUUGUUGGCAUUGACAGCUGUGAAUUUAGAGAAUUUAUUUAAUUAAGAUAUUCCUUAUUGAAUUCUUGGUCUUCACCUUUGCAAGGGGCGAGGGUGGAUAGCAGCUUCUACACAAUAAGAGCUUAAUCAUUUCAAAAUCUGGAUAGGAUUUUUGUUGUCUCUUUCUCCUUUGCGAAGGCCUUCUGUUACACAGAUAUUCUUCCUUAAAUUUGAUGUUUGAUACGAACUACUCUAAAUCUUGCUUGAGUGCAGCUUGCUGUUGAGAUUUAGCCCCAAUCUACUUGUAAACAAAGAGUGAAAAUGUUGGAUUCUAGUAUUUAUUUCUAAAAGUUGAGGGAGUAUUGUUCUCGCUUUCAAGUCCAAUUAUACUUAUGUACCCAUCAUAUGUAUAUUUGAAUGAAUUCAGUCUCAUCUAAAGUUGAAAGAGAUUUGGUACUCCAUUGUCCA